AUGAGGACAAGAAAACUGGUAUCAGGAAGAAAAGCUGAAGCAUGUUCAUAUCUAUCUAUCUAUCUAUCUAUCUAUCUAUGCCAGUCUCGUCAUUAUCUAUCUAUCUAUCUAUCUAUCUAUCUAUCUAUCUAUCUAUCUAUGGUGCCGACGACGAACUAUCUAUCUAUCUAUCUAUCUAUCUAUCUAUCUAUCUAUCUAUCUCAGUCUCUUCAUAAUCUAUCUAUUAUCGAAGUUUAUUUUUUCUUUAUUCUAUCUAUCUAUCUAUCUAUCUAUCUAUCUAUCUAUCUAUCUAUCUAUCUCAGUCUCUUCAUAAUCUAUCUAUUAUCUAAGUUUAUUUUUUCUUUUUUCUAUCUAUCUAUCUAUCUAUCUAUCUAUCUAUCUAUCUAUCUAUCUAUCUAUCUUGUGUCUGGUCAUAUCUGUUUGUCUAUCAAUAUGCAUACUUAUCCCGGUAUAACUAAAAACUGGUUAUUAAAAAUGUUUAUUUUUUUUUAUAUUGCUUGUCUAUGUAUUUAUCUAUGCAUAUAUCAACAAUCAAUUUCCCUAUCUAUCUAUCUAUCUAUCUAUCUAUCUAUCUAUCUAUCUAACCUAUUUUAG